CAUCUCUAAAAACGUGAUAAACACGCUCGUUUUGUUUUUAAAGUUGGAUCCACUUGUUUGCCCACAUAAUAUGGCUCUUUUAACUGAGAAGCGUGUAAAAAAGACACCUGCUCCUGCGAGCGACAGUUCUCCGGAGGAAUCCGACUCCGAUGGCAGCCAGAACUCCGGCAGCGAGGUGGAGGGCAACGCCGGCUGGGCGGACUCCAUUCUGAAAGUCCUAAAGACCACCAAGCCGGAGACCGAAAAUAAAACCGUGCUAGCUCGUGCCAAAAACAGCCAGGCGGCUGUGCGGAUCGAGAAAGCCGCAGCUACAAAGAGGCCUGGAUUCGAUUUUGAGAUCGAGAAAGGAGAGGUCAAGGAGGAGGACGAGGACGAUGACGAUGAAAAGCCGCAGGUAUCUGCUUUGGAUGCCACGCUGACCAAACAGCAGCGCAAAAAUGUGCCCCUCCAGCUGCGUGUGAAGCCCAGUUUCCGGGACAUAGAGCGCGAACGAACGCUCCGCAAAGUGGCCACCCGAGGAGUGGUGCAGUUCUUCAAUGCCGUGCGCAUCCAGCAGAAGGAUCUGCAGCAGCAGCUUGAGGAUGCGGGUCCGCUGGACAGCCGACAGGAUGCCGUUCUCAACAACAUCAAUAAGCGAAAGUUCCUGGACGUCCUCAUGAGCGGCAAGCGCGCCAAGUCCACAGCCGUAGAUAACGCAGUAAAGAAAGAGGAACAAGAAACGGAUGACGACGACGAUGACGAGGGAUCGAGUGGCAAAAAGAAGUCCGAAUGGAGUGUGCUGCGCGAGGACUUUAUGACCAACAAGAAAAUCAAGCACUGGGACGAGGAAGACGAUGACGAGGAGGGCCACAAUGACGAAGCUGAUGACAGCGACGACGAUGAUGGGGAGGAUUAGCUUUAAUUACCAAAUAAAUGUUAGCUUUUCAAUUAA